ACAGGUGUAGAUGCAGCGAUGCAAUCAUGACCACCUUCGAUGAUAUUCUAGAAGAGACUGGAAAAUUUGGCUUGUGCCAGAAGCGAAUCUUUGGACUCCUGUGCCUGGUGUCAAUGCCUUUUGCCGGAGUGUAUGUAGGUAUAGUCUUCCAGGGUUUCACGCCAGAGCAUUGGUGCCGUGACCCGGGCCUGAACCAGCUUAGCGAGAACUGUGGCUGGGGGCAGCUUGAGACACGCAGGCAUAUCGUGAGCCUGGUCAACGACUCCGCUGAUGCCAUCCAUGCCCAAUGUGAGAGAUACGAGGUGGACUGGAACGACACUGGACUAGCCUGUGAAGUCAUGAAGGCCGAAUUUAUUAGCAUCUCAUUUAGCAGAGCACCUGUUUUAGGCUGCAAGGAUGGCUGGGAGUACGACUACGAGGGCAGGACAUCCUUCGUAACUGAGUUUGACCUCGUUUGUGGCAAUUCCUGGAUGGUGGACAUGUUCCAGUCCAUGCUCAACGUUGGGUUCCUAGCUGGCAGCAUCGUCAUGGGAUACCUGGCCGACAGAUUUGGACGAAAAAUGUGCUUUCUGCUAUCAAACCUUCUGAAUGGCGUUGCAGGAAUUCUUGUGGCCAUUUCUCCUAAUUACAUAGCACUCCUCGUGUUCCGGGUCUUGUACGGAUUUGGCGUCAAGGGAGGCUGGGUCACUGCCUACGUCUUGAUCACCGAGUUGGUGGGCGUUGAAUACCGACGGAUGGUUGGGGUCCUGCUGCAGAUGUUCUUCAGUGUUGGGAUUCUCAUUCUGCCUCUCAUCGCUUACCUCAUCCCAAACUGGCGGUGGCUGCAAGUGGCCAUUACUGUGCCCUACAUCCUUUUCUUGCUCUACUACUGGUUUAUUCCAGAGUCACCAAGAUGGCUCUUGUCUCAGAACAACAUAAGGAAAGCAGUUCACAUUACAGGUCAAAUAGCCAAAGAGAAUGGGAAAACUCUUUCCAAGAAUAUAGAGACCCUGACAGGUGACAACACAGAUAUCACAACGGCCUCCUUCCUUGACUUGAUCCGAACGCCAAAAAUGCGGAAGUACACCUUCAUUCUCAUGUUCAACUGGUUCACCAGUGCCGUCGUCUACCAGGGCCUCAUCAUGCGCCUCGGGAUCCAAGGCGGGAACGUAUACGUUGACUUCCUGAUCUCGGGGGUGGUUGAGUUUCCUGCAGCGUUCCUUAUUCUCUUCACCAUUGAACGCAUUGGGCGCCGAAUCCCAUUUGCCACAGCCAACAUCGUGUCUGGGGUGGCCUGCUUUGUCGUGGCCUUCACGCCAGAUAGUUUACUGUGGUUCAAGAUGUUCGUUGCUUGUAUCGGGCGCCUAGGCAUCACCAUGGCCUUUGAAAUGGUUGUGUUUGUCAACACAGAGCUAUACCCCACCUUUGUCAGGAACUUGGGUGUGUCUGCAUGCUCCACGCUAUGUGACAUCGGUGGGAUUGUAGCCCCAUUCCUCCUCUACAGGCUGGCAGUCAUAUGGCUCGAGUUGCCACUCAUCAUUUUCGGAGUGAUUGCAUUCGUUGCUGGGGCUUUGGUCCUCAUGCUGCCAGAGACUAAAGGUGUCCCUCUGCCUGAGACAAUCGAUGACAUUGAGUUCCCGAACAGGAAAAAAGAGAGCCCCGGGGAAACACAGCCAAUGAUGAACCUCUUGUCUACGGAUGUCACAGCUGUUGUGAAACCCUUAGAUGUCUGAUUGUUCAUCUUCUUUUUGGAGGGAAAAACUGUCAGCUUAAUUACCAUACCUGUUCAUGAAUCCAGCAUACAUGUCUUACCGACUCUGUCGGUAUAAUACAAUUAUACAUGAAUUCCAUUACAGCAGAACAUGUGAUUCUUACUUGUGACAAAAGAAUAUUUUGAACAUAUCUUUCAUUUACUGCGAUGGACUGGUGCCCUGUCCAGGGUGUCCCCCUCUAAACUUAGUGCCCAGUGGUUCUAGGGUAGGCUCUAGACUGUUGUUACCCUGAUAAGGACAAGUGCUUAAUGAAAGUGAAUGAGUGAGUCACUGAGUAUUU